CAUACCCGCCCAUUGUUGACUGCGGAGCACAGUAGUGCAGUACUCCGUACCGGCCCUCCUCCCUGCCCAGGAUGAUGAUUCCGCUGCCCCACCCCGGAUAGCGACAUACCUACAACCUCCACCCUGACGCCAGGCUUGGCUUGGCUUGGAUCACCACUCAGACACUCGGACACUCAGGCACGGAGGUACGUACCUUUCGGGCACACUGUUGACUGGAUGUGCCGUCGCCAAAUCUGAUCACGACCACCACGACCACCACACCUGGCCCACCGUCCAUGCACCCACCUCGCAGUACGCAGUUGCGAUGUUGUAGCGGCUGCGGUCAUUCCUCUUACUACAUACCUCACGACCAUCAGCUACCGCCCUGCCAUCGUGCACGCGGGCAAAGAAAGAAAAGAAAAGAAAAGAAAAACCAUGCACACGGAAGGGAGGGCGUCCAUGAGGGCCCGAGCAUGACAUGGCCCCCCACCGGAGAAUGCUCCCUACCUGCGAAUGCGCCAUCCAACAGCAGCACGAGACACGAGACCAGACUCGUCCCAUCAACCACCGGUCCUAUGCUGCCCUCCAACCGUGCCCCACAGGGGCAGGUCGCCGCCGUGCUGUCGCGCCUCCAUCCGACGACCUGUUGGUCUUGGUCCUUGGUCCCGGGUCGGUCGCACACUUCAAACCGCAGUCUAGAGUCUAGACUAUAGUAUUAUUAUUACUCCGUCCUGCGCCGUCUGCGAAAGGGGACGCCCGCCCAAUCCUGGCGCCAGCUCCAAGUCAGCAUCCCAGCAUCCCGGCAUCCCGGCAAGGUAGCCACAGCCCCGGGUCUAUUCUUCGACACGCGCAGCCGUUGGCUGGCUGGCUCCAACCAAGCAGCCCAAGAUGGUCAGUCCUCAGUCCAAGCUUGCUUUUGCCUUUUCGGCGGCCUGAAACUGGUCGGCGGAUGACAGCCUUCGAUUUUGGGGCCCCUCCAGUGCCUCCACCUUCCCCCCCUCCUUCGUCCAGGCAGCCAGGGUGCAACAAUGCUCUGUGUGCGCAGUGUGCUCCGAGUCAAAGCUGACGGGCAAGUCUCGGAUAGAGCUUGAGGGCCCCGUGAUUAGCAUAGUAUUCAGACGCCUCCAAAUCGCCCGGGUCCUCGCCUCGUCAUGGCCGCUUGCCCCCUUGUAUGCUUUGGCCGCCUCGAGACUCGGCCGCCCAACAACCGACCCAACCCAUCCAGGUUGCACCUGUUGAGGCUGUUCCAGGAGCCAUGUCUCCGUGAGCACGUGUGGCCGCUGUAAAAUCCCGAUCCUGUCGAAAUUGUCUCAACUCGCCCACUAUGUACUGUUUGCACGCGGACCCAGACCCUGCAUUACCAGCCGUUCCAUGGCGACGUGCCUGCCUUGAUUGAGAAUGACUUGCGCCUCGAAACUCGAGUCGGCCCUGUGCAACACUUGCAACCCGCCGCUGGAGAUCGCACCUGGGCGGCCUGCCUGCCUGCCUGCCUGCCUGCCUGCCUUCUGUGAGGCUACAUCCGUAGGCUCUUGUUGACCAGGCAUGGUGAUCAGUGCAGGGGUGCUGCCCUUGGUUCGCCGCGCGCUCGGCAGACCAGCGUCAAGUACUCCUGUCACUGUGAGUCGCACACUGGGUUCCUCACUAUGUCGAUCUCCGGCAUAGCCUAGAAACCAAGUCCCCAUCUUUCGUCAACGGAGGGCCUCGACGCCUACCUAGCGAGACGAGCCCGUGGAGUUUGACUUCGGCUUCAAGUCGCACUAAUCAAGUGAGCGACUUGUUUCCUGGCUUUUCGACUCCAAUCUUGAUUAUUUGGCGGGGCACCAAGUCCAUGUCCUCGACUGUGCACACACGCCCUCCUCAGCCACCGGCAAAACCGCACUCGAGGUCGGCAAGAACGGGGCCGGCCGACGCUAAUCCUCGCGUGUGGUUGUUGUCCUCUCUCGAACUCCUUGGAUUGCUCGUCCGCUGCACAUCUCCCCAAAGCUUUGGCUUAUACCCAAGCACAAAGUCGGUCCAGCAGCAACCGGGUGUCAUCGCUCGGCCAGGCUAGCAGAUUCGUC